AUGUUGCCCUCGCUGCGUCUGCUAUCUGCGCAAGCGGGUCGGGUGUUUAAGCUGACACUCUACACGGGUACAGACUGUCAGCUGUGCGAUGUGAUGCGCAACGAAAUCGCCACCGCCGCACAGCACGUACCGCUCACACUCGCCACCUACAACAUCCGCGACGACUCGCUCGACAACGUGCACUACUGGCGCCGCAAGUACCAGUACGACAUUCCCGUGCUGCAUCUCGACGGCCAAGAGAUCUUUCGACACCGUCUCACGGCGGCCGAGCUCGUAGCCAAACUGCAGAGCAGGCGCGCUGAAAAGUAG